CCUAUUCUCUCCUUCCCUCUCCUCCUCCAUCGCUGUUUCCCUCCUUCGUUCCUUUCGCCCGGGCUUCCUCCGUGACCGGCGCUCCUCACUCACUCUCGGUUCACGGGCGGGAGGUGGUAAUUAGGGGGAAAAUUAGUGGCUAUCACGUCAUCUGGGUUGGUAAUGGAGGCGCGAUGACUGCCCUGCUCCUCUUGGGUGGCGGUGAAGGUCCUCCUGGGAAGUGGUCUUAACGUCCGUGUCUAAUUGAGUUGUAUAUGCGAUGUGGUGUGUUGUGAAGGGAUGUAACGGGGUUGUUACUAUUAUGGGUGAGGACGUCGUAGUGUAGCAGUGUUAAGUGUCGUGAUGUUAUGAUAGUGUUGGGCUUUGGUGUGGUAUUUCGUGUUGCAUCAUACUGUACCUAAAACAGCCCUGUUAUGAGUUACGGAAAGCUCAACUACCUCCACCAGCUGUUGCCUUGGCCACCGUGACCCCGCAAGAAGAUAAGACGGUCUCAACGAGGUGACGGCCGAGAUGAGUCUUCAGGUGCGGCUGGUGACGGAGGCGAUGCUCUUCAACUCCGUCACGGUGCGCCUCGAGGACAUGACGCAAGAAGCCUUCCUCUCUCCCCUCCUCUCCUACUUCGUGGACGGGCUGGCUGCUAUCAUCCCGUGCCCCCGCGAGAACAUCUUUAUUUUCAACAUCCAGGAUGACACAGACGUGGAUUCAAGGAUUCUCAACGUGAGCUUCUCAGCCAAGCGCCCUGAUGUUCCCGGAGAAGAAUUUUACCAACCACAGUUUCUGAGAGAGCGUGUCUAUCUGCACCGGGCAUCCCUGGCCAAGCUGGCAACUGUCACGGUGCUGCCCUUUGAUGACACCCUGUGUGUGCGGGAGCCGUGCCUCAACUAUGAAGAAUGCCUCAACGUCCUCAAGUUCGGCAACGCCUCGGGAUUCAUUUCGUCCAGCACGAUCCUCUUCCGCCCCAUCUACCCCGUCAACACCUUCGCCUGCAGAUGCCCUCAUGGUUUCACUGGCAUGCGGGAACACUACAUCUGCGACACAGAGGUCAACCUGUGCUACAGCAGCCCCUGUGGGAACCAUGGCACCUGUAUGAGGAAGGAAGGAGGCUACACCUGUGUGUGUCUUCCAGGCUACACCGGGAAGAACUGUGAAGUGAACAUGCUGAGUGGGCCAUGCGUGGCAGAGGUCUGCAAGCACGGCAGCAAGUGCACCGCUGUCAGUUUGAAUGGGGAGAGUUCUGGAGGGUUUACCUGCACCAACUGUAGCCGCUCCCUGUACCACACGUCCACCUGUGAGCUGAGGGCAAGGCGCUUCUCCAAGGGCACCUUCCUGACCUUCCCUGCCCUCAAGCAACGUCACAGACUUAACAUUAAGAUCAGCUUUGCCACACGAGAGCCCAACGGCUUGCUGUUGUACAACGGCCGCUACAACGAAAAGCACGAUUUUGUAUCCCUUGAGAUAGUGGAAGGUCAAGUGGUGUUCUCCUUCAGCCUGGGCACUGUUACUACACGUGUGUCGGCCUCCCUGCCCGGCGGGGUGCAUGAUGGGGACUGGCACACUGCUACCGUUGACUACAAUUACAGGAGUGCCACCAUCAGCCUUGAUAACUGUGACACGGCCCUUGCUGUCAGGUUUGGGGACAAGAUUGGCGACUAUCACUGUGCCAACACCACUGCUCAGAUCCUGGACCCAAGGUGUGCCAUCUUGACAGAGUCUUGCCACCGCUUUUUGGAUGUAACAGGACCACUGCAAGUUGGGGGUCUCCCCGUGCUGCCCACCACCUACCAGGUCCAGCACCAACACUUCCUCGGCUGCAUCUCAGACCUCUACAUUGACCACAGCUUUGUUGAUCUCAACUCGUUUGUUGCUGACAAUGGAACAUAUCCAGGCUGUCCAGAGAAGAAUAGCUUUUGCCGCUCUCACCCGUGUCAGAAUGGAGGCUCCUGCAGAGAAACAUUUGGCACCUACAUAUGCUCGUGUCAUAUUGGGUGGGGUGGCAAAGACUGUUCAAAAGAAGUGGAGGUGGUGAAGCAAUUUUCUGGGGAUGGCUUUUUAGUCUUCAGCCCACAGCUUCAGACCAUCCAGAUGCCAUGGUUUAACAGCCUCUCCUUCCGUACCCGAGAGCAGUUUGGUCUCCUCAUGAUAAUCCUUGUUGGAAAAAAUACCAGCAGCAUCAUAGAACUGAUAGAGGGUCGAAUCCAGUACCGCUACGAGAACGCCACACUGAGACUGAAGGAGGCAAGGGUUGAUGAUGGCUUGUGGCACCAUGUGGAGAUUAAGUGGAUGAGUGGGGAGGUGUGGAUCAACCUAGAUUAUGGCAAUUAUGAGGACACCCUGAAAGUGAAUGAGCAAGUGGCAAAUCACUACAUAGGGACUGUGUCAGUAGGGGGCGUCCAGCCCUCAGACCAAGCCACAGUCACUGGCUUUAAAGGCUGCAUUAAGAAUGUUUUGGUGGGAAGCAGCAAGAACACAUGGCUGCGUCCCACUUAUGAGGACAACGUUAGAGAUGGGUGUGUGGCCUCAGACCCCUGUACCUCCCGCCCCUGCCCACCCAACUCCCAGUGCAUCAACACCUGGCAGGGGUAUGAGUGCCAGUGUGAUAACGGCUUCUAUGGUGACGAGUGCUCAGAUGUGUGUCACCUCAACCCCUGCAGCAACAAUGCCACCUGCAUCCACGACCUUCACUCGCCAAAGGGCUACCGAUGCGAGUGUCCAUCCUACGCAUUCUCAGGGGAGUAUUGUGAGGUAGUGCUAGAUCAGCCUUGCCCAACCAAUUGGUGGGGCUACCCAGUGUGUGGGCCGUGUCACUGUAAUGUGGACAACGGAUAUGAUGGAGACUGCAACAAGACGACUGGAGAAUGUCGAUGCGAGGAAAACCACUACCAACCAGAAGACUCAGAUGCUUGUUACGACUGUGACUGUUACUUGGUGGGAUCGUAUGGCGGGUCUUGUGACCCAGUGACUGGCCAGUGUCGCUGUCGUCCUGGAGUCAUUGGCCGUCGCUGUGACCAGUGUGCCAAUGCCUUUGCCCAGGUCACCAUCAAAGGCUGUGAAAUUGUCUAUGAUGGCUGUCCAAAGAAUUUUGCCGAGUUGACAUGGUGGGACGAGACUCCAUUUGAUGGCACCACUGUGAAGCCGUGUCCAUACGGGGCCCAGGGAAAGGCUUCUCGGGAGUGCCGCAGGGAGGUUGGCUGGAUGCCACCAGACAUGUUCAAGUGUGUUUCAGACACUUUUGUAGAACUGCGUGACUUGCUGGAAAGACUGGAAAGUGAGGAGCUGGAAAUCACUACAUAUCUGGCUAAGAAGAUCUCUGAGGACCUUAAUUAUGCAUGUUCAGUUACUCCUGCCAUGUGGGGAUCUGAUGUCCUCAUUGCCUCACGCCUCCUCAUCCUUCUCUUUGAGUAUGAGACCCACCAAGAAGGUCUCAAUCUCACACACAGACAGGAACGACAUUAUGUUCAGAAUCUAGUAGAGUCUGCAUCAGUGAUUUUGCAGCCAGCCUACAUCUCACACUGGCAGGAGAUCAAUGGAGUGCAGGGCUUUGGUGCAGAUUCCCUCCUCACCAAGAUAGAUGAGUAUGUGGCCACACUGGCUGCUAGCCAGGGGGACACCUAUACUACACCCUUUGAAGUCCCCACUAAGCAAAUAGUCUUUGGAAUGGACACAGUCUCUGCAGAGGAACUCUAUGGCUACAGCCAGUCUGGGUUUGUGGUGGGGCAUGAUGACAGGGUGGACCAUGUCGUUAUCCCAGAAACAUCCUCGCUGGUAGACAAGCACUAUCCAGGCCAGGGACAGGCAUCAGUAAUUGUGCCUAAAUACAACAACUAUCUCAGGAAUCAGCAGGUGUGGGCCCAUGCCACCAACAUCCGCAUCCCACUCUCCCUACUCUGCAUUCCUGAUGUCAAGCGUGAUGAAACCUCAACAACAGGCGUGUUGGGCAACACGAGGGCAGUGGUGAGUUAUGUCGUGUUUCGGUCUCUGGGGACACUGCUGCCGGAGACCUAUAGCAGCAAUGUGGAGCAGCGGUGGGGUGUGGGCCUGGCCGUUCGCUCUCCUGUGCUCACCUUGGCUGUCCACACUUCCCACUCUGGAAUCCUAAAGAACACGUUGGAUGUGGAUGUGAGGCUAAGAUUUCGUCUCGGUCAUGUGGGACGUCGCUCCAACCCUCAGUGCGUCACCUGGAUCACCAAACCCAAGACGGGAGAGGGACAGUGGACAAGAGAAGGCUGCAAGACAAGUGGCCCCGAGCCUGGGUUUGGGGACUACGCCAAUGACACAUUCAUCAACUGCACAUGUAAUCACCUCUCAAGCUUUGCAGUUAUUCUCAAUGAUGCUGAAGCAGAGUUUCUUGCUGAACCUUCCAUUGCUGAGGACGUCACGACCUACACUGGUCUGGUGCUAACUUUGGUGCUGCUGUUACUGGCCUUUAUUGCCUUCUGCCUUCUGAGGGGUGCCCAAACCAAUUCAAACACCAUCCACAAGAACCUGACAGCUUGCCUCUUCCUAGUGCAGUUACUCUUCCUCACAGCCCUCAAGAUGAGACACUUCCUUCUCCAGCAAAAUUUUCCAUGUAAGCUUGUGGCCAUUGGGCUUCACUACUUCUGGCUGUGCGUGUUCACCUGGCUAUUGAUCGAGGGUGUGCAUCUGUACCGUAUGCUGACUGAGAUGCGUGAUGUCAACCAUGGCCAGAUGCGCUUCUACUACUCCUGUGGCUAUGGUCUGCCAGCCAUCAUUGUGGGACUUUCUGUUGGUGUGCGAGCUGACCAGUAUGGCAACCACUUCUUUUGCUGGCUGUCCAUCUAUGAAUCUGUGGUGUGGGGGUUGGUGGGUCCCAUUUGUGUCAUCGUCAUCAUCAUCCUCCUGGUGUUUGUUAUGGCCAUCCGAGCAUCCCUCACCCUCAAGGGGCAUGUGGAAGGCUUUGGAAAUUUAAGAACUCUGCUGUGGCUGGGUAUCUUAUUUCUGCCGCUGCUUGGGGCCACCUGGGUUCUCGCUGUCCUCUCCGUCUCAGAAAAUCUGGAGAUCCUCCACUACUUCUUUUCGGUGUUCUCCCUCCUGACGGCAGUGUUCAUCUUGGUGGGUUACUGCCUCCUCAAUAGCAGAGUGCGGGAUUCCCUCUACUUCAUGUUCCGUGCCUGCAUGGGGAAGAAGGUGCCCUACCAGGAGUCUCUUAGUGUUACUAGGACAUCAGUUGUAUCGAGGUCAGCACUAACGUACAACGAUGACUUCAACAUCCUGCGCCGCAACAUUGGCAUCUCCACGGCCAGCACCACCUCCCGCUCCACUUGCAAGACCUCUAGUUCGCCAUACAGCAGGGGAGAACGUGCAGCAGCAGGGCCCAGGGGGGUGGGAGCCUCUUCCAGCACUCCAAGUAACUAUAACUCCAACACUGAUCUCAAUUCCCAGUCUGUCAAGUCACCAUAUGCCUACAAUGACUCUACAACCUUCCACAGGAAGCACACCGCAGGUGUCCGGGCCAUGAGACGUAAGGAGAGUGAAAGUGAAAGUGAGCUGAGCCUGGACCACCGCUCCCUUGACUUGGCCUCCUCCCACUCCAGCGACGAAGACGACACCACCACUCACAACGGCACACUGAGAGUUAAUGAACGGCGCACCAAUCCUCCUCCAGAGGUACCUCCCAAACCCUCCAGUUACCUGCCUAACAUUUAUGACCUGGACACAACAGCCGAAGCCCUGCCCCCUCCUCCUCCCCCUGGUAUGAUAGGGGGUAGGGAGGGGGUGACUGGCUCUCCACUCCUCCACAACAUUCGGCCUCUUUAUGCCACACACUGGUCCUCCCAGCUGCCACCAGCAUACCCAGGCAUAAUAAAAGAACAUAAUGUAACAUCUCCACUAUGGGCAAGUGAGCGCCUCUCCACCACCACUGCCUCCGACAAUGAGACUUCUGACAAGCCUGACAAUUUAAGAGUUGAAUCCCGGCCAAGCCUCUCACGUUACCUGGAUGAGGCACGCUCUCGCUACUCUCCAGCUGAAAACCAGUUUGGCACUUAUUCCCCAAGUACCAAACACAGAUACUCCCCAGACACCAAAAAGUUUUCCACCUUAGACUCAAAGAGGUACUCCCCCGACACGAGAAGGUAUUCUCCAGAUGUUCCUUCCUCCCGCCUCCACUCACGUGACAACUCCUUCUCCCAGGAACUACCACCACCACCUCAUCUUCAACACCACCAUGACAUGAAACGCAUCUCUCCAGAAAACCUUGUGGUCCGAACAGAGUCUCGGGCAAGCAGAUCAAGUGUGGAGAGCAGCGAAAAGAAACGCUACUCCCCUCCCAAUCCUCUUCAUCACCAUCAGGUUAUAUACACCCCGCAGAGCCAAAAGAGGUUCCUCCACAAUUUAGCGGAAGACCCAAGUCCUGAGGCCCUGCCAGCACCUGUGAUGGGGAAUGGGGCUGGAGGGGGGGAUAGCAAUAUGAUGGAAGUUAACAACCUUAAUAUUUCCCCCUCCAAUCCCCCUCCGUCCCCUUCACCACCACAUUCCCUCCCAGCCUCCUUGGUGGGCACACACAAGAUCUCUGCCAUUACAUUAGGAAUCUCAGACUCAGACAGAGACAGCACAGAAACCACCGUCUGACAUUAAGUCCAAUACAGAGCCUUGGCAUGAAUGACCAAGGUGGAGAAGAUUUCCGAAUGUAAAAACAAUGGGUGUCCAAUGUUCCAAUUAUUAGUUGUAAAUAAUCUCUUAUUGAUGCAUAAUAAGUGUAGCAAAGUCCUUGGGAUCAUACUACCCAUUGGCUAGAGGUACAAAAGUUCACAGGUAAAGCCAUAUUUUCUGUAAACAGUUAAAAAGCAACUGCAGCCUAUUGUUUGCCAUGUAAUUUAUCAGGAGUGGAAACUUCAUUGUUAGGAAUGUUAGUGCAUUUACAGCUUAUCACAAAGCAAAAAACUAAUACUCAUGGUGGGGAGCUACUCCAAAUUUAGAAUAUGUGUGUGUGUGUGUGUGUGUGUGUGUGUGUGCAUGCAUGCGAAGAGAGAGAGAUACAGAGAGAGGAUUAGACUCAUGUGCAUCAUUUUCUGUACGUCAAAACUGUAAGUGCUGUGCUGCAGAAACAUCACAACACUCACUGUAUCUUUAAGGCAACACUCGAAUGUUAUUUGUAUUAUCAAGUUCAUCAUAACAUCAUCGUCCUGUCCACCUUGCCAAAUAAGCCACUAGGUUGUAUCUAUAUAUUUAUGCAACAGUAUGCUUGUAAGAGGUUUUAACAUGAUUCUUGUUACUUGUGUGUUAAUUUAUUCUGUAUGAGUUGGAAGGAAACCAGUGUGUUAAUCCUACUACCAGGACUUGACACAUCGGUGACUGACAACAUUUGGGCUGCAGUAUACAGCCUGAAUGUGCUGAAGACAUUACUUUAGUGGCAUGUACAUAUGCUUGUACAUAAAAUUGUGUAAUUGUUCCUGAGCAGGUCUCCUGCUAGAUUUAUGAAAAUUAAAAUAUGAAUUUUCAGCUAAUGUUGCUGCUGCUCCCCAAAACACUCAUCAUAUGUAACAUAUUCCCACUAGUUUCUGGGUACUGGUUCCAGCCAAUGACCAUGGCAUUGUCAUAUUUCUUGACUCAUAUGCAUGAUACUCAUUGCUAUUUAUGGCAUCUGUCUCUAGCUGCCACUAGAUUAGAUGAAUAUGAAAUUAAUUGGGAAUGAGUAUAUGUGCAACUGUGCUCACUUAAGAUUCACAAGUUAGUGCAGUAAAAGUCCAAUAAUAUGAAUGGCAGUGGACUGAAGGUCAUUCGGAUUAUCAAAUUGUUAAGAUUAUUGGGAAGGACCCCUAAAAAUGUACCAUCAGGAAAGAAGGCAUGACAUUUUAUCACUCACCAGUAAUGCUUAAGCAUGCUAAACAGCAGGUCUUGGAAAGUAAAUCUAUGUGCAGAGAGUAGAUCCAAAGUAAUAAGGGUACAAAAAGAAAGCGGGUUCACAAAAGCGUAAAGCAACAAAGAGGUGCCAUCAUUAUAAAGGCGAACCCCUCUGACAAUCAUGGAAUUGAGUUAAGGGUGCCAAUUUUCAUUUAAUAUAAUCACUUCUCUCUUUUAUAAUAUUUUUUACCUAAUUACUGUACCAUGCAAAAUUCAUGAAACCAACCAUAUUUGUUACUUCAUCACUUUCACUCAUUGCCUUGAAGUAUCGGCUCAGACCAUCUCAUUUUUAGAAGCUGUUGGAGCCAUCUUUCACACAAUAUGUGUAGGGCACUGUAUGGUGAAAAAAUCAAGCGAAUAUUUGGCCGUCAACAGCUAGACUAAAUUCCUCCGAGUCUCCUAUUUCUUAUCCCCACAGCUUGCCACCACUCACACCAUUUUUUUAAUUUUUUUUUAUUUGUCAGUCACUUUAGAAAAUUCGGACUAUUAGGGCUUUCGGAUUAUCUGUUUGAAUUAUUGGACUUUUACUGUAUCUCAGGAGAGAGGCACUUGGUCAUCAGUUAUCAAAUAUAUAUAUAUACAGUCCCUUGCCAAAGCUUCAUCCAUUGUUAGUACUAGUCUUAAGCCCAAGGUGAAGACAUUCUAAAUUUCCUUGCAAGAUGAGAAGGCAACAAGGUCUGUGUGGAAUCUUCCUACACAUUCUGUUCGUGGUAGAACUCUUGCCAAUGUGUAACUCUGUGCAGUUCAUUAUGACUCGGCAACUAUUCAUCAUGUGCAAUUCAUUAAUUAUAAGUGGGAGAGGGCAAAGGGGGAAGGGGUGAAAAAGAGCAAAGGGUAGGUUAGGGAGGGAGGGGAUAAUAGUCGUGAUGGCUGCACAGAACUAUCGACAUCCACUGAUUGGAAAAAUUCAGCCCUUUGUGUUCUCACCUUUUGUUUUUGUUACUAUAAAUAUUCCACUAAAUUGUUACACACUCUUGGAUCAUAUGAGCUUUCAGCAUGGUUAAGAGCAAUCAUUAAGGCACAGUGGACUGCAUAGCAUUUCAAAGAAGUACAUAAUGUUCAUUGUUGAAGGGAAAAGCUGAGAGCAACAGCCACUACCUACUUAGGUUCAAGCUCUAUACAUUCCUUGAUCAUAAUUUGUAGCUACAUUUCAAUGUAUAUUAUUAUUUCCAGUACAAAGAUAUUUUAAUGUAUAUAUUUAUGUAUAUAUUUUAUUAAAUGUAAAUGUGUCAA